UUGAUCUGUUUAGAAAUGCAUCUUGCCACCUAAUAUUUAAUCGCACUAGAUCUACUCAAUUAUUCAAUUAAUAUUUUCGAAAUGUAAUUAUGAAUUAUCGUUGUUGUUUUUAUUUCAUUCAGGAUCAGUGCAGUAGGGCCGGGGAGGACUAUUGAUCAGUUAAAAAAGAAGUGGACGGAUUUAAAGUCUGCAGCAAAGAAGAACGAGAUAAAGCGGAGGCAUUUUGCUGCCGGGACAGGUGGGGGUCCUGCGCCCCAAGAGCCAACUGAUGUAGAGAUGAAGAUCCUGAGUGUAAUCCCCGAGGAAAUGGUAACAGGGGUUGCUGGUGGAGUGGAUGUUUUCGAAGACUCAUGCAAGCCUCAUGCUGUCAAAAAGUAUAGGCCAUCUGAGCCUUCAGGGUCAACUUUCACCGCCAACAGUUCAACGCAUCAUGACAUAAGUAUCAGUGAGGAAGAGGUCAAUGGCAAAGAAGACAGUAACACAGAAUCAAGACCUACACCACCAAAAAGAAAUGACAUUGCUCAUCAGAUGCUUGAAGAGCAAAAGAAACAAAACGAGUUCCUGGCAAUGAUUAAUUUCAACCUUGCAGAACUUGUGAGCUUGAAGAGGACAGAAGUCCAAAUUCUGUCAGAAAAACAUCUGAACAAGACAUUUUUUUAAAUUAAAAGACAGUGAAUACUUGAAUGAAAGGGAGUGAAAAUAGU